GGCGGAUUCUCUUUCUACCUACUUCAAGAUACCUACCUAGGCAGUAACAUCUCAACCCAGCCUGUUCGGCCCAGGACCUCAACUCUUCUACAAGACAAUUUUCUGCGCCACCAGUCAAGAUGCCGAAAUUCUUCUGCGAUUACUGCGACGUGUACCUCACGCACGAUUCCAUGAGCGUGCGCAAGGCGCACAACAGCGGCCGGAACCAUCUGCGCAAUGUCGUCGACUACUAUCAACAGAUAGGCCACGAGAAGGCCCAGUCCGUCAUCGACAGCAUCACCUCGUCGUACGCCGCCGAAGGCCAGGCCCACGCAAACCCAAUGCUCCCGCAGAACCAGCCCGGCGCCCAUGGUCCCGGCGGCCCUCCGCCAGGCGCGUUCCCCCCACCUUUCAACUUUCCUGGCGGCAUGCCUCCUCCUUUCCCUGGAAUGCCCGGCGCGCCUCCGAUGCUACCUCCCGGCGGUGCUUUCCCCGCCGGUAUGCCUCGUAAGUCUACCGCACUCUCCAUGUGCUGAUUUUGCGCGCAAAUGACCCUACGUGCUAUAUCAGAGGAAUCUCGUUAUAUCCUAACAGUCUGU